UAGCCGGGAGGGGCUGGGUUUCAGGUUCACCUUGACUCCUGGAGCCGCAGCGGAGCAGGUACCCGCUCCUGCACCUGUUUCUCUUGCACCUGCCAUCCAGCUGCUCCUACCCAGCUCUCCUGGCCUGAGCCUUGCCUGGCGCGGCACCCUGGAGGCACCCCUACCUCCUCCAGUCUCCCUCCCGGGCAGCUGCCACGCUCAGCUCCUUCUCUAAGGAAGGUCUCACCUCCAGCCCGGAGCAGCCAGGAUUACAGAAAGCCCCACCCUUGGCUCGGGGAACGCCAUGACCGAAGUGGGCUGGUGGAAGUUGACCUUCUUGCGGAAAAAGAAAUCCACACCCAAGGUGCUCUAUGAGAUCCCCGACACCUAUGCCCAAACAGAGGGCAGCGCAGAGCCCCCUGGGCCUGAGGGCGGAGGCCCCGACGGCAACUUUAACACCCGCCUGGAGAAGAUUGUGGACAAGAACACAAAGGGCAAGCAUGUCAAAGUCUCCAAUUCGGGCCGCUUCAAGGAGAAGAAGAAAGUCCGAGCCACGUUGGCAGAGAACCCCAACCUCUUUGAUGACAGGGAAGACAAAGGACAGUGAAGGGGGCCAAGGAGGAUGCUAGCACCUCCCCACUCCUGCCGUCAGCCGGAUCUGAGACAGGAGCUUGCCACGCUGGCCUCCUUGGCCACAGCUGAAGCCGUGGGGGCAGUUGAUGCCUGCUGGCAGGAAAUGUCUGGUUUUAGGUUUGUAUUUAUAUACCCCAGCUUUCUGGAAGGCCUGGGAGAUCCCAGGGUUCUCCCACGUCCCCCAGCACAUACAGAAGCACUCCAGUCCGAGGAUGAGAGCCCCACCCAGGAAGGACAGCCCUCCUCGCUGUGGCGGUGCCAGCAGGGAGGUGGGCAUGGCAAGAAAUGGAGGGAGGGAGCGGACAGACUUCACCUCCUCCAGGGGCACAGGGUCAAGGGUGAGUUUCAGUUGCUCCCUCUACCUUCUCUACCUGUAACUGUUCGCUGGACCAAUUCUGAGAGUGAAUUUUCCAGAAGCCACAUGAUGGGGUGGUUUCCUGGAGCUGGAGGAGGUGGAGACCCUGAACUUGAGCUCACUUUCCAUCACAAGAGGGAAGCUUCCUGGAACUUGGUGCCCAGGUGUGCGGGGAGAGAAGGACGCUGGGUGGUGCUGCAGAAGGCCAGGCGAGGGACCCCAUGGCUCCCCGCACACAUCCUCAAAGGGCGCUGCACUUGGGGAGGGGGUAGGGAGUGUUGGUAGGAGCUAAGAGCAGCUCUCUUCUCCCCUUCUCCUACUAGUAUUUAAGAGGGACAGGCCCCAGAGAUGAGUCCUGGAGCCUUGAAUUUUGCUUAAAAAGAUAAUUGUAGGUUUCUCUUUGUAAUAAACGAUGAUGCAAAAGCAGAGAACCUAUUUAUGCUUUUGUCUUACAUUUACUGAGGCCCGUUUCUAAUGCCUUUACUCCCUUCAUGUAAGUAAAGUAGAACUUUGUGCUCAAAGUGUUCCUAUCAAGCAUCAGAAAGGAUCCCCAGGGGUCA